GGGGUUUGAGGGCAGGGAGGCGAGGGAGCAACAAGAGGCAGGGAUUGGGCAGGGCCGAGGGAGGAAAGCCCGCAAAGAGCGGAGGCAGAGUGAGGAGUCUGCGUCAGAGAGAGCCAGAAUAAGGAGUGGCACUUUGGGAGCAACUUCUGUUGAUUGCGGAGCGAAGAAACUUGCCAAGGCAGAGAAGCCGCCAAGCCCUCGUCGCGCCUCCGUACGCUGCCUGAAACUUCUCCUCUCGGUUUGCAAAGAUGCCCGUCAAGGGAGGCACCAAGUGUAUCAAAUACCUGUUAUUCGGCUUCAACUUCGUUUUCUGGCUUGCAGGAACAGCUGUCCUCGCAAUUGGAUUAUGGCUUCGGUUUGAUUCACAGACAAAAGAUAUCUUUCAGCAGGAGGCCAAUACUUCAACCUUUUAUACAGGAGUUUACAUUUUAAUUGGAGCUGGUGCCCUGAUAAUGCUUGUUGGCUUCUUGGGGUGUUGCGGUGCAAUACAGGAGUCCCAAUGCAUGCUUGGCUUGUUUUUUGGCUUCCUUCUUUUGAUUUUUGCACUUGAAGUAGCUGCUGCCAUCUGGGGAUUUUCAAACAAAGAGAAGAUCAUUGAGGAAAUCAAAAAUUUUUAUGACGAUGCUUAUAGCAAAAGAAGUGAACCGAGUGCCAAAGAAACCCUGAGAGCUUUUCAGUUUGCACUAAACUGCUGUGGCCGUACUGGGUUUGUAGAGGCAGCUGUACUCGAUGGCACCUGUCCCAAGCAGGAGGACAUAGCGAGCACCAUUAAACUACAGGGAUGCCCUUCAGCUAUUACAGAAGUCUUCUCCUCAAAGCUGAAUGUGAUUGGAGCAGUUGGCAUCGGCAUUGGUGUGGUGAUGAUUUUUGGCAUGAUUUUCAGCAUGAUCCUUUGCUGUGCUAUCCGCAGAAACCGAGAAAUGGUCUAAAGUUAUUUCAGCGGGCCCUCUCCUCUGUAUUCAAGAAAUCUGUUCCUAACUUUAGCAUUCUGAAAGGCAUUUCUAAAGUUAUAUAUUUGUUACUUUUUAAAAAAUGCUUUAUUUAGUACUGAUCUUAUUUGUGCUCUCUGUUUAUAAAAAUUUAAAAUAAAUAUACUGUUGGAAAGGUACUAUAUUUGUUAGACUAAAGUCCAACAUAUUGUACAUAAGGUUUUGUCUCUAAAUGCUGUCUUUUCUCCAAACUUAUAACUGGGAUGUAAUUUAUGUUGAAGAAAAUUUGAUACUUAAUAAAGACUUAAGACCAUAUACUA